AUGAACAAUGGUGCCACUCCUUCCUAUUUGGCAAGUCAAGAAUGCAAACUUGAUAUCCUUAAAUACCUGGUCACCGAAGCAAAGGGAUCUUUAAAGAUAACAGCUUUUGAUGGAAUGUCUUGCUUACAUGCUGCAGCUCAGAUGGGACAUUUAGACAUCAUCACAUGGUUGGUUCAAGAGGCCCACUGUAAUCCAAAUGAAAGAGAUUUUGAUGGUGCUACACCCCUGCAUUUUGCAGCCAGUUGUGGCCAGACCAAAGUUGUAGAAUGGCUUCUGCAAGUGGGUGAAUGCAAUAUUACUGUGGACAGAACUGGCGCAACACCUUUACAUAAUGCUGCUGAGAUUGGACAGUUGCAGGUUUUCUCUUUCUCUCUCUGUCUCUUUCACAUGUCUAUAGACUUAAAUUCACAGUUCAAGAGAAAUAUCAGAACUCCCUCUCCACACACACAAUCAACCUCUUCUCUUCCGCCACCCAACCUGAUUUUGACUUUUCUCACUUACUUCGCACCAGACCCCAAUCCCCGCCUGCCCAAACAUAGAAAGGUUCUAUCUCUCCUUGCUUGGAGGUUUCAACUGCUGAUGCCGGCAGGUAAAGGAGUGUGUGAUACCUGUCUGUCACUUCCUCUGUAG